CAUGAUGCUGUGCCGAGUAUUUUCAUGCCUGUUUCUGCUGGGCCUCAGUUCUGCCUCUGAGGAAGAUGUUCUGGUGAUCACAAGCAGCGGUCCCAUACGGGGCAAACGCCUCAUGACAGAUUCUGGCGCGGUGACAGCUUUCUUGGGAAUCCCCUAUGCUGAACCUCCUGUGGGGAAGCUGCGUUUUCAAAAACCCCGUCCUCACCAGCCUUGGAGUCACGCUCUGAACGCCACCAGCUUUGGCAAUACCUGCUACCAAGGGAGUGUAGAACUUCCCGGCUAUCGUGCGGAACAAAAGUCGGAAUCCACCCUCUCUGAAGACUGCCUCUUCCUCAAUGUCUGGGUGCCUCAUCCCCGACCCUCUGCGCCAGCUCGUGCCUUCGUCUGGAUCCAUGGAGGGGGUUUUCUCAACGGGUCUGGCUCCAUCGAUAGGAGCUUCCUAGCUGCCACUGAGAAUAUCAUCGUGGCGUCUAUGAACUACCGCCUAGGUGCCUUGGGAUUCCUCUCGCUACCCCCAGAGGCUCCGGGGAACGCUGGUUUGUGGGACCAAAACCUGGCAUUGAGCUGGCUGAGGGAAAACAUGGCCGCCUUUGGAGGGGAUCCAACCUGGCUCACACUGGGUGGUCAGAGUGCCGGGGCCGCCUCGGUUGGCUUCCACCUUCUCUCGCCGGCGAGUCAGGCCCUAUUCGACCAGGCUACUUUACAAAGCGGCGCCGCGAUUUCCCCCUGGGCUUGGGUGAGGCCUGAGGAGGCUGCCAUCAGAGGGCGAACCCUGGGCCGGAUUUUGGGCUGCGCCGAGGAUGACGACAGGGCUGUGGUGCGAUGCCUGCGGAAGAAAAACCCAGGGGAGAUGAUGAAGAACUUGCCUAUCCUCGGUUAUAAAACUUUGUUGGAUUUUCCUUUUGUGCCCACGACCGAUGGGGAAUUCCUUCCGGAUGACCCUCGGAAACUUCUGGAAGCUGGGCGAUUCUUGGACAAACCCAUCCUGACCGGCUUCACCCGUGAUGAAGGCACCAUCUUCCUGGCAGGAAAUGCCCCUGGUUUCAGCCUAUACAACGACAGCCUGAUUAGCCACGAGCAACUCUUGGAGGGCCUCCGUUUGAUGCUCCCAGAGGCACCUGAGGUUAUCAUCAAAGCCGCAGCAACUAUCUACAGUCAGGAGGAGCACGGGGAAGAAAGAUAUCGAAACGCCUUGAUCAAAGCUUCUGGAGAUUACCUUUUCUUGUGCCCCGUGGCUGUGGUGGCCACCCAUAUGGCAGAAGCCCAAAGCCUGGCCUUUGCCUACUCCUUCACUCACCAGCCUUCCUUUGUAACUGUCUCUGACUGGGUUGGAGUGCCCCAUUGCGCCGAGCUGCCCUUUCUAUUUGGUGACCCACUGUCUAAGUCGGGAUAUACAGAGGCUGAGGUGACCCUGAGCCAAAGGGUUAUGAGCUACUGGGGACAGUUUGUAAGGACCGGGUCUCCUCAUGAUGGAGAAUGGCCCGUCUACACAGGAGAGAAUUUCUUCCGCAUUACCACAGAGCCAGCUCAGGCCGAGGAGGUGUCAAGCACCCGUUACUGUGGCUUCUGGGUGUGGCUAGCCACGGAAAAAAUUAAGGACUCUGACCUGAUGGAUGAAGAAAGAGACUCUGAUUGGUAA